AUGGCACCAGCGCGUUCUACCAGACGCAAUCAGCAUGAACAAAGUGUAUCCCUGCGCUCGGGCCAGCCGGAUGCGUCCCCCACCACAGAUGUCCCCGGAAGUAAUCUGUUUCUCGAGCCGAUGAUGGGCACGCCUCUUAAUGUGUAUAUCGAGAAGGAGGUGGAAGACAGGGACACUCUCGUCGAACUUGUAACGAAACACGGCGGCACAUCGUCACCAGGGUAUAGCGGGACGCCAUACAUUCUUGUCGAUCCACAUAAAGAAUCAGGCCAGAACUUGUACCGUCAGUACGCUGGUAAAAAGGGUAAAAUUGUCCUGCACUACCGCUGGGUUCAUGAGUGCGUCCGUACUGGCGCUCUUCAAACAUUCCAGAACAAUUGGGCGGGUUGUAAAGUCACUGGGAUGGAGAACCUGCUCCAAUGCAGUCCCAUGCCUCCCCACCCGCAAGCAAUGCCUCCUAUGCCCCCUGGAGAUCCCAUGGUUCAUCCACCUCAAACAUCUUACGGUUACCCUGUGUACGGACAUCCAAUGCAUGCUCCUCCUCGAGGUAUGCAGCCGCCGACAGCUGCCCCGCCCCAAUCAUGGCAGGCCCCCAAUGCCAUCGCACCCCAGCAAACGCAUAUAGCCUCACCCCAGACUGCAGCGAUGCUUGCCCGGCAAACACAUCCAUAUCGGGACGAACCUUGGGUGACGCCCUUCAACCAGCCUCCGCCCCAUAUGGUAGCUGGGCCGAGUGCGCCAACUUAUGACUAUAGAUACGGAGAUGAUCGUCCUGAAUGGGCUCCUCCGGCUAAUGAAUAUCCUUACGACCCUGCUUCGUAUGAGCAUCCAUAUGAUCAGACUGCACCUUACAUGCCAGAAGCAGGACCGUCGGCGGCUGGACCGUCUUCGGUCCCCGCUGAUAGUGCACUUGCUGAAAAGCCCCGUGGUCGUAAACGCACUCGCAAUACUGCGCCGCCCGCCGCCCCACCCUCCGCUCUUGUAUUGAAUCGCCGAAAUCCCCCGGCACGUUCACCAACUCCCCCAACGCGCGUAAUCAAGAGCACAUACGGAGGAAACUUGUUUACCUCUGAUGACGUAUUAUACCUCAAACGAUACAUCGAUUACUGUCAAGAACAAGGUCUAGUCCUCAGUUUAAGAGAAAUCUGCGAGAGGAUUGCAGUCAAAUGCCGCAGGUUUUACUCUUGGCGUCGAUACUGCAAUAAGCAUCAGAUCCGGUUGGGUGGCUACUCAAUGGACACCGGCGACAACAACACGCCCCGCCCUGAAGGCGAAGUUGAGCCCGAAGAGGAAGAGCAACUAAUGCCUCUCGGAACUACGGGUCCUGGUAUCAUCGCGGCUGCGCAGGCUCGGUUGCAGCAAGACGUUAACCGUCCACGUAAUCGCUCUCCGACUCCACCUCGCGCUCUCUUCAGGAGUACAACGGGGAAGGGAGUAGCUUUCACGGACGAGGACGUUGCGUUCCUUGUACGUUUUAUGGAGUACAGGAAGUCCCAGGAUCGAUUCGAUAUGGUUGCAUUCUGGAAGGACGUUGCUGCCAAGGCCCCGCAUCACUCGCGCGCGUCAUGGAUGAAGUUCUGGCGUCGUCACAAGCACGAACUGAAUCGCACAGAAGAGGACGAGCCUCUGCCUCAGCCACCGGAGAAAAAGAUGCGUUACAGCCGCGGAGAUGAUAUUCUGCUCGCCAAGUACUUUUUCACAAAGCCGGAAGGGACGUCAGAUAAGAUCUUCCAGGCGUUUGGUCGUACACAUCCUCAUCAUCCUUGGAAGGGAUGGCAGGAACAUCACCGUAUACACAAAGCUAAGAUCGAUCACUUCAUUCAGCAAUUGGCGAAUGGCGAGAACAUUGACAUUGAUGAGAACGGUGAGGAGGCUUGA